AUGGGUUUUCCGUGUAUGACGUGGAGGGUGCGAUCUUUGGGAAGGCUAGUGGUAGUGAACCGGUACCCAUGGUUACCACUAGUAUGGCGGCUUCCCAUAGAUACGAGCACCCGCCCCCUGUUGCUCCCCGCCUGGAGUUUUGGGGGUGGGACGCCAUGGGCUGAAGCAUCCUGGAAAAUUAGCAUUUAACUACAAUAGUUUAUCUGCUCUUGCCUUGCGUUUUUAACGUCCGCGACCUUUCGUUUAGAGGGAAAGAGUGUGAGGGUAAAGGUACUCGAUUUGAAACGAGUGAAACAAGAACUUGUCUAGACAACAACUGGGUUUAGGGGUAAACUACUCUUGAAUAUGCAUUUUGCCUCGUUUGGGAUCUAAGGACGCUGGAAGUCUAAACUACACUUUUCGAUAGGUACAGGCAGCCAGCUGCCACAAGGCUUAAGGUCGUCGCAACUGGCCACAUCAGGGGCACACACAUGACAUGAGGCAAGCGUUUAAAAAGUAUGACUAUGACAGACAUACUAUGACGACUUCAGACUUAUUACUAUGUGGACCACGUCAGACUCACUAUGACCACUUCUGGUCAGGAGUCUAGCGGAACUAUGACUAACUAUGACUAAUAUGCCGACACUAAGGAGCAGGUUCUUGAGAGAAGUUGGAAUAUUAUGACUAUAGAGAUGGCGGUUGAGUCAGAAUUUCCCCAUUUAUUGAGGGAACACACACACACGCGCACAUAUACAUAACUGCUACGCUAUGGCUUCGACAUAAUUUUGCUUCAAGUACAUGCUAUACCAGACUUAAAAGAAAAAAUACUGGACAACACACGGUCAUACAAUCAAUGACGAAUGGAGACGAUAGUUUCGAUACCCACCGAUGAUGAUGAAAGAAGAACGAGUCUCCUAUUCAGUAUAAUAGUGCAGGCUACGCAGCCGAGUAGUUCUGUAUUUUCUUUUCGCGAAGCUGUCGCAC